AGGGAAUAGUCAAAUGAGGGUGAACCACAAAGUGAUAGUAUUUCCCCCAAGUGAAAGUAUUUUCUUGGCUCGUGAGAUUUGCCACGAGGACUGGGCUAUAGGGACAUUGGAAUAUAAUUGUGUGAACCCUUUCCUGUGGAGAGACCACUGUUUCUCAGAACCACUGUUUUUCUACUAAGGAGAAAGGCCCUAACAUGGCGAUGGUCUUCAGCUUGUCCACUCUCAUAUUUGUCCCCAUCACUGGGAUGGAGACAUCCAAAAGUCUAAGUCAGCGCUCAGAGUUGAAGGUAAUCCAGGUGGAAUCUGGGAAGGAUGCAGUCCUAGAGUGCUCUGUGAAGUUCAGUGCGGAAUCCCCUGGUAAUGUAAACAUAGAGCGGGUCCAGUUGUGGAGGCGGCACCAGAAUGGUAAUCGAAAAGGUGAACUUGUGUUCAAAUACACUCAACAAUCCUCCAAUCCCAGGAUGCCGCAGAGCCAAAAAUAUCAGCAUUCCAUGCCACCUGCCAAUGAGAAAGACAAAGUUGUGUCCCUGUUGGUCAAAGAAACCCAGCCUGAAGACGAGGGUCCGUAUGAGUGUGUGGUGAACACUGACAGUGGAAACACAAAUUGUAACUUCAUGCUGAAGGUCACAGGUGACCUCACAGUACGAGACCAGCCCCAGGUUCCUGAAAAUCCUGCAAAUCAAAAGGAAACUCCAAAGAACAGUUACAUGAGUGUGGCUGCUGUAUUUGUGGUAGUAGGCUCUCUUGCCAUUGGACUGCUGCUUCUCAAGCUGUUUCGAGCCAGAAGACUCAGACAACUUGAACCAGUGACACAGGAAGACUCUGUUGUGGCAGAAGAGCUUGAAGAUACAGCAGUCCCAGCAGAGCACGACCCCAGCACCAGGACAGGACUGUUUCCGUAGCGACAGAGUGUUAUCAGGAGUGUUAUGGGCUGUGUUAUGAUUCUGCCACUGUAGUUAUAAGUAUUCAACCCCCGUAGAUUUCUUCAUAUUGUGUUACAAUGAGGAAUUCAAAUUGAUUUAAUUGUCAUUUUGGAGAUGGGAUUUUGUCCUGUGUUUUGGUGGUGGGGUGUCGGUAUCAUUACAUAAAAUACUCUGUCAAAGUAGGCCAAAAAUUAUAAUAUUGUUUUCAAAGAUGAAUGAAAAAUUAAACACUAAAAUACCGUUA